CAUCUCAUGCAAAACAAAAGCCAAAAUGAGACAUCAGUCAACAGAUCAGUCAACAAAUCAAUCGCCACAGGAAAAGAGCUCAUGUUGAGAGACAAAAUCAGGAAAUGCUUGAAGAACAACAGUAAAAAAGCAAGCAUUUCCAGGUGAUGUGAAAGGACCCGGAGAAUAGAUGUUCCAAGGAUUGUGGAAAUAAAUACAAGAAAUGGCCCAGAAUGCGUGUUUUGAGAAAAUUAUCAAGGACAAAUCUAAGAAUUUUAAUGAGGAUCUGACUAAUUAAGAAAAACAUUCAAUUGAUCAGUUUCGUAGUUGUAAAAUUACAAAGUUUUUGUUAUCAGGUUAUAUCUGACAAAAAUAGUAUGAGAAAAGAUUUCUGCUGAUGACAAUGAAACACACUCUUCAUAUGCAACCCUUGCAAUAAUCAUCAGAACCUAGCAAUAGUCAUCAAAACCCUGCAAUAGUCAUCAAACCCUGCAAUAGUCGUCAAAACCUUAUACCACUUAAUGCACCAAGUCUUCAUCCUUGGAGUAACAGGCCAUCCAACUUGUUGACAUUGUAGCGAUAGGUUUUGCAGGAGCAGGCACCUUUUUGGAUGGGAAUGUUAUGUUUCUUACAAGGGAUAAUAUGGAAUCCCUCAGGUGGCAAUAAAAAAUACACAGGGAUAGUAGACUUCAGCCUUGAGACAAGCCACCUAAAGAGCAGCUCUGACCAUGCAGGCUAGGACAGAGACAGUCAGCUUUGAAGCAACCUCACCCAAUGCCACAUAGACACCCUUAAAGUUAUCAACAGAGGCCAAGAACAACUUAUCAACAAGUUUGGUGUUGACACACUUCUUGAAGCUGACAUUGUGAUAAAAAAAUCUUCCCGGCGGUAAGUACAAACAGGCCACUAAUGACGGAGGAGUUCUGACGGUUUGUUUAUCUGAGUUAGGGGAGGGGUUUAAUCACAAAUGUACCAUGGGUAAUGACAUUUCUACACACAUGGCAGUGUCAUUCGUUUCACUCAAAUGAAAGAUGAGUUAACCAGUAUUUACUGUUUAAACACAAUUUUGAUGAUGUUAGGGUGGUUCCUUUGUCUUUAAUGUUUAUACCAAUAUUAAUACUACUAUGACUGUUGAACAGGAAGAGUUUGGUCCAACAUUGUGACUUUUAUGCAUAUUGUUUUAACGUAGAACAUGAUUAACUACAAAUUAUAUUUCAGAGUUUCCUAAUUUUGACUAGCACAUGAACACUAAAUAGGAACUCAUGAUAGAUGGAAUCAUGAUAAAUGGAUUAGCAGGAAGGUAUUAAUUAGCACUUCAGAAACAAGUCUUGAGAGACGUCUUGAAAGUCGUCCCAUUCAUGUAUCAGUGGUUCCCAACCAGGCUACCAGGCUACCAGGCUACCAGGGGGUACUUGGCCUAUCAACAGGGGGUACUGGAGAACACUAAUGACACCAUAGGCUUACUAGUGAAAUGAACAUGAGGAGGUACUUUGAGGGUACUCAGUGCAGAGUAAAAUUCUGUUGGUGGUACAGUAGCUGAAAAAGGUUGGUAACCAGUUAAAUUAUACAUUCUGCGCCUGGGUCUGUUUUGUUAACUGAAGUUAACAAAACAGACCAGUAGGUGUAAGUGGUUGAUGUAAGCAGGUAUUAAAGGGACAAUGACAUACAAAAAUAACAUUCAUUCUUAGACAAUCUAAACUUCUCAAACCAAAUCAUCAGUUAGGGACAUGACUCAACUAAAAGUGUCUAUGUAAGUCCUGCUGAGAAACGAGAAAAAACGUAUCUGCAGUAAACAUCCUGUAACUCUCCUGAUGGUGUUAGGCUUCCUUUCUAUUCAAAUUCUAUUACACCUAAAUAAGCCACAAACAUUUAUUAUUAUCUAAUGUCUAUCCAAAUAAAUGCUGAAUUCGAGGACUUGAAAAGGCAAAUCCGGGCAUCCCAUUCAAAUUCUCAAAUACUUUUACGUACGCCAAUGCGCAAACCUCCCAGGAUGCACUGCGUUUCUUUUUUUGCCAUCUUGUCGGGUGGUAGAGGAAGAGCUGAGCGGCAGUUAGCUAUCUAGCUAGCUAGUCUGUUGUAAGUGUAUUUCUGUCAUAGCAGCAGCUCUAAAGAUUGGGAGAACCAGAGGACAGGGAAGCUGAACUUUCUCCAGUUUAGGAAUUUCUAUCCGUCGGAUGAUAUAUAUUCCAGCUGAAGAGCUGAACGAGGAUAUGGACUUGUUUACAUGAUGUCGUACUCGCUGGUUUCUUGCUAGUUAGGGAGAGAACUGACGACAGCUAUUUGGCUAACGAGUUAGCGUUCUGCUGCAUUAGGUGGCUAGCUAUCUGAAAGGGAGAGUGGUAAAGAAAGGGGCCCGCCUCAGACUGGAGUAUCGGUAGCAGUUGGUGAACAGCAACUACAUCAGGGGCCUGUUUGCAACUCCGGGGCCGGGACAAAACCUCUCUCAGGACUGGAGGCCAGGUCUGGAGGAGCCGGUGAAGAGGAGGCGGUAGUAUUUGGAUACUGGUCACGGCUCUUGCUAACGGAGACUAGUUGCCCUUUUCUAUUUAGGAAGAAGUGGGCUUGUUCGUUUGUACACUCACAAUCUGCUAAUGGAGAGGGGAGCAAAGAAGAUGUCGCAUACGUGUCUCUCGUUGUAAACUGUGGAUUUUUUAGGUAUAUGGCUAGCUAGCUAGCUUAUAGCUAAAACUUAUUCAGUUCAGACUUAUCACACUUAUCUGGAAAUAAAUAGUCACGGGAGUGACUAUCACAGCUAACUAAAUACUCAAGUUCAUCAUGUCAAAGAUGCCAGCAAAGAAGAAGAGCUGUUUUCAGAUCACGAGUGUGACUCAAGCGGCUCAGAUGGCCGUCAGUUGCAACACGGAUGACACGGAGAGUCUGGAUGACCCGGACGAAUCCAGGACGGAGGAUGUGUCGUCGGAAAUAUUCGACGUGUCUCGGGCCGAUUUUGAUCCGGGAGUGUGUGACAGAAGUUCAUCCGAGGAAACCUUAAACAUCGUUGGGGAAGUGGAAGCUGCUGUCAUGGCGUUAAAUAUACCUCAAGAGUCAGUGGCUGCAACAGGUCCUUUUAACGGUGGGCACUCUUAUAGAAGCACGGGCGCAAGUUACGUCAAUCCACCUGUUUUACCGGCUUUGAGCCAGCCAUCCAUUCCAAACUCGGUCACCCAGCAGCCAACGACGGUCAACGCCUGCCCUGCUGCCGAGGUCUCCCCAAGUGUGUCUCAUACUCACCCUGCUGCAGCACCCGGAGCCGCUACCACGACAAGCUGUAGUUCACGUUUCCGGGUCAUCAAGCUCGACCACGGUACGGGAGAGCCCUUCAGGCGUGGCAGAUGGAUGUGCACAGAGUUCUACGAGAGGGACUCUGAGGGCUCUAGCAUGAACAGGACUGCGGAUAGCAUAAAACACACAGUCACUCCCGAGCACAGUGCCGACAGGGACAGUGGGUUGGGGACCACCGGGUCUGUUGUCAGUCCUGGUACCGUCUCCGCCCAGGUCCAUGAGUCUUCUGGUGACAGUGGCUACUCCACCGUCCACCUCAGCCAUCCUCCGGAGCCUCAGCAGCCGGUUUUUGGACUAGCUCCCCAGACGGGAAGUGGGACGAGUGCCUUCCAGCCAGCGGUGUACUCAGCCGCCGUGUCCCAUGUCCACCCGCCACCCGCUGUCCCGCAAACGCUUCAGCCCGCCGGCCUCAACGGUGUCCCGCCUGGCACACAGGCCCAGCAGUUUGCUUACUCUGCAACACCCCCCAGUCAGCUGGACUACCGACAGCAGCACUUACCCCCAAUCCAAGCCUCCAGCUCUCAGGCCCUCCCCAUGGCCUCCCUCUCUGGGGGCCCUCUGACAAGCCAGGGCACCUCUCCUGUCGUUACCCCAGCCGGUGUAAAGGGGCCCGGGCUGGUGGCUCAGUCCAGGGAACUGGCCGGGUCUCUGGGGCCUUUGACGCAGUCGGGCAGCGGGGUGGUGAUGGCUACUCUCCCCACGGCCUCCGCAGCUCCUGUCGCCCCGAACGUGCCUGCCACAGUGCCCGGCACCACUAAUGCCCCCCCGGGGCUGCCCAGCGGGGCCCCAGCGGGAUCGGCCGGGCAGGGGGUGCCGACCGCCGGCCAAGGGAACGACAGCCGCAGGAGGUCGGACGCCGUGCCACAGCCUAACACCACGCCGGGAAAAGAGAUCAUGAGGCCUUUCAUCCCAGAAAGCCUGCAUCUGGCCACUCCCACAGUCAACAGCCUGCUUGGCAUCUCCAUUCCCAUGGAUGGAGACGAGGACGGUUCUUCCGGAGCCAGUGUCGUAGCCAUCGAUAAUAAGAUAGAGCAAGCAAUGGACCUGGUGAAGAGCCACCUGAUGUACGCGGUGCGCGAGGAGGUGGAGGUGCUGAAGGAGCAGAUCAAGGAGCUGUACGAGAGGAACUCUCAGCUGGAGCGGGAGAACGCCGUGCUUAAGUCCCUGGCCAACACGGAGCAACUCACGCAGCUGUCGUCCAGCCAGAUCAGCCCGUCCGGCAGCAUGUCCCCGCCUCGGCAUCUCCCCGCCGCCAACAACGCCAACACCCCCAUGGAGGGCGCGCCUCAGGCCCUCGGCCUGCCCCAACAGCCAAACGUCACAUCUGCGUGACCGCGCACCCCCCCUCCCCACGACUCGCCUCAGAGAUGCGUGAGGAAGAGACCCUAGCAACCAACCGACCCUGCUGCUGCCGCAUAGUAACCUAAAAGGAAGAGCUCAGAACUGCCUUUUGAUAUUUUUUUUUGUUUGUUUUUUUUAAGAAGCAAAAAAAAAACAAGCAAAAUCAGCCUUUGUUUUGCCUCCGUCGUCUGGCGUUGAGCCAUGCUUUAGCGUGCAUGCCGCCACGGUCCGGCCUCCCACCCCCACCCCCCCCCCUCCCCGGUAUUAGACAACCAUCAUCCGGUGAAAUUUUCAUUUUGGCUGGGCGUCCCGCAUCAAGUCGACGGGAAGCUGACCCAGGGGUGAGAGCGGCAUGGGCUGUGCCCCCACACGCAGGGGAAAGAGGCAACGGGACCACGCGCUGGCAGGGGAACUGGAGGUGGUCAAAGAGGCUGAAGAACCGGGGGGUGGGUGGGGGUGUUCUUAUAUCAUGGAACGGCCUUCAGCUGUUCUCCAAUCCUGCCCCCACCCCCCAUAAUGCAAGCCUAUUUCCGUCAAGUGGAGAAUGACUGGAAAGAGAAUUAGAGACUGCGAUGGAGGAGUGGUUUCAACCAACCAUUGGAGGAAUUGAGGAAAGACUAGUUUUCCCAGAGCUACCACAUGUUGACAAAAAUUAAAUAAAAAAACCUGCAUUAGUUAAUUUUUACUUUUUGCAUUUAUUUAUUUCAGGGCUGCUAUUUUCAUAAUGUAAAUGAACAAUGUCACAGAAAUACUUCUAUUAUUAAAAAAAAAAGUUAUACUUUGGUUAAUGAUAUGUUAGAUUAUUGAUUAGGUGUUAAAUUGGUAGUCUAAUUCAAAAUGUAGUUCUUUGUAGGCAAAUAAAAUGCGAUUUCCCACGGCAUAACACUGCUAACACUAACAGGCUGUUAACUUUAAUUAGAUGAAAUCUAGGUUGAAUGUACAUUUUCUAGAGAGUGUAAAGUAUUAACGCCUAGAAGGUUCAUACAAGUGAACACCAGUUCUUGAGAUGUGAAAUCUUCAAUGAGUCUUUGGCGGUUAUAGUUUGAUGAAGAACGCUGUUAAUUUCCUUUGCUAUAGUUUUUUGUUGGUUAAAAAUGAAAUGAAAAUGAUUUUACAUC